GAAAACAUGGUAUCUACUGGAAGUACCACCGCCUGUCGGUUUACCUCGAAUUAUCCAACCUCCGUCUACCACACGCCAGCAGGCAAUCGAUGUCACCGCCCGGCCUCUCCCGCCGCCCAUACCCAGGCUAACUAACCAGGCAAAAUAGCCCCUUCCGGCCAGCAUGUCGUCCAUCGGGCCGCAGCUGCCGCCGCACCUCUCCAAGCGCAAGCGCUCUCCCUCGGACGACGGCUCGCCGCCUGGCUCUCCCGCCGCGAAGGUGCGCGCGACGGCAGACAGACCGCCCGGCAACCAGGACGAGGUGGAUCUGGACGACGACAGCGACGACGGGUACGGCCCGUCUGCGCCUCCGGCCGCAGCGAGGACGGCUUCCAGCGGGCCCGCCUUGCCGCCGCCGAGCAGAGCACCCGUAGGGCCUGCGCUGCCGCCGUCGAACGCGGACGAGGUCGACCUCGACAGCGACGACGGCAGCGAGACGGGGCCCUCGCUCCCUGCACCUCGCCCUCCUCAUGCAGCUCCUAGAAGACAACCCCUGGGACCUACCCUGCCGCCCUCCAACCGCGAUGAGAUCCCCCUAGAAGACGACGAACAAACCGAAGCAAGCCCAGCCUUACCCCCUGCCCCUGGCCCCGUCUCCGUCUCUGCACCCGCACCACCACCCAAACGCGUCCACGGCCCCGCGCCCCCCCCAGCCUCGCUCUCCUCCCGACCGCCCGACUCGGCCUCCGAUUCCUCGGACGACGACGACGACGACUACGGCCCGGCGCUCGCGAGCUCGAGCUCGCACCUACAGCGAGAGACCCAGGCGCGCGCGGCGCGCGAGUCUGCCGCGCGGGCCGCCGCGGCCGCGGGCCCGCGGCGCGACGAGUGGAUGCUCGCGCCGCCGACGGGCGACUCCGGGCCGCGGGCGCCGGACCCGACGAAGCUGAAGAGCCGGCGCUUCGCGUCGGGGCCGCGGGCGGCGCUGCCGGCGGCGGGGGGCGGCGGCGCCGGCGGCGGGUCGGCCGGCAGUCUGUGGACGGAGACGCCGGAGGAGAAGCGGCGGCGGCUGGCGGACGCGGUGCUGGGGCGCGGGGCCGACCCCGCGGCGCCGCCGCCGCCGCCGCAGCAGCCGCAGCGGGAGCGCGACGACGACGCCCUCAUCCGGUCGCGGGCGCAGGCCGCGCGCGGCCCCAGCCUCUACGCCGCCCACGCCGAGGGCCGCCGCGGCCGCCCGCUGGCCCCCGGCGAGGAGGACGACGACCCCAGCCGCCGCGCCUUCGACCGCGACAAGGACGUGCGCGGCGCCGGCGCCCGCGUCGGCGCCGCCCAGCGCCGCGAGCUGAUCAACCGCGCCGCCGACUUCGGCGGCCGCUUCGCCCCCGGCAGGUACCUCUGAGAACUCGGCGAGGCCUACGUAGAUAGGUACCCGUCGAGAAGACCGGACGGGAGCGCCGAGGAGGGAAGCGGACCGGUGUUGGAUACGAGACGAAGUAAGUAGGCUAGGACGCGAAAGGAAGGAAUGCUGGAAUGGGCCCACGAGGUAGAAAGCUAGAUAGGGAUACCGUUUAAAUUGCCUACGAAGAUACCCCCUCCUUCGACAUCUCACACUGAAUACGCGCAAGCGUUGCUGUAACGUCGACCUCAUCGUUAUUGCUAUUGCCUUUGGAGCUGCUUCAAAACGCAUAUCUGUAGCCAUAGCAAAUAUGAAUUUCUCGACAUUCUGUCCCUCCCCGGCUUCCUGGCUAUGUAAUAAAAACAUGGGUACUCGUAUACGGAAAUGCAUGCCUGAGAGGGUAGGGAAUGGCUACGUAUAGCAGCGUAGCUCGACGACGCCUUGAGCAGAUAAUGUAGGAAUGCGGGCGAGUUGUUUCCAUCCCAACUACCCUUCCACCUCCCCCUUUUUCUUCCACUGCGCCAUUGGUACCAGGGUAAAGAAAAAAGAAAAAAAGAAAAGCUAGCGUCUCUUCCGACGCGAUAUCCGUUCGUCUCUCCUUAGACCACGGGGUAAAAUACUCGUCGAAUGGGUGCUGAACGUACGAGUGCAUCGCACAUA